AAUAAUAAUAAUACUGUAUAAUUUUUGUAUUGAAAAUUUAAAAUAAAUAAAAUUACACAAGUAUUUUUUUCUUAUUAUAUAUUUAAUACUCGGUACAUACAGAGAUACCUGCACGUGUUACCGAAAACUGUAUGAUUAAUAAUGACCGUCAAAAAUACAGAAAAUGAAGGAAAUUUUAAUACCGAGGAAGCAGAAUAUUCUGACCUUUAUCCAAGCAGAAAGAAAAGUCAAAGCAAAAUCAGCACUUGGUUUGACAAAAUUACCUUCAACAAACAACGGGAAAAUUAUCAAAAGUUGCAGUGUGAAAUUAAUGUUUUUCAAUGUGUAAAAGACAGUCCUUUAAUGAAAUUAUUACUGGGAGCAUUAAAAAGUUCAGGAUGUGAAGUUGAACUUGGUCGUCAUAUUUCAUGUGAAGUAUGUGAUGAAGUAGUUACUGGUGGUUAUGAUCCUGAGACAAAUCAGAUUAUAAUUUGCCAAAAUACUGCUAACAGUAAAAAUCGAGUUCAUAGUACAUUGAGUCAUGAAAUGAUACAUAUGUUUGAUUAUUGCCGUAAUAAACUUGAUCUACAAAAUUUAAAUCACUUAGCUUGCACAGAAAUAAGAGCAGCUAAUCAAUGUCAUUGUAGUUUUCUUGGUGCUUGGAUUCAAGGAACUGCUUCACUUUUCAAUAUUAAAAAAGCACACCAGAAUUGUGUUAUAGACAAGGCUGUUAGAUCAGUAAUUGCUAUAACAAAUAUAUCGAAAGAGGAAGCAACAGAAGCUGUGAUGCAAGUUUUUGACAAAUGUUACAAUGAUUUAGAACCAAUUGGAAGACGUCUUCGUCGAAAUUCAUUGGAUAUGGAAAAAGCAUAUUAUGAUGGAAUGUAUUAUGGAUAUAUAGAUUAACAUACAUCUUUUAAAAUGUU